AUGUUCCAUUUGUUGGCAACGGUCUAUGAGAAAGUCAACAUUGAGAAUACCUACAGUGAUCAUCUGAUAUGCCGCUCGAACUGGAUCCCUGUGAGGGACUCUAUGCUGGCAUUCACGGUGUCACGGGGCGGCGAGUACCUGAUCGUGGCAGAGCUGCCGAGUGGCACCAGCCACGUGGAGAGGAUGAUCUUCAGAUGUUAUGCUUCGCAGCCGUACAUCAUGGUCGCCGCGCACAAAAUGUCCAGGAAACACAAGCUUGUUCAAGCGAGAAGCCUACCUGGCGCAUCGCGGUUGUCCCUGGUUGGCUUGAUGCAGCCCGAGGGGUUGGACAAAGAUCAGCCGGUGCACAUCGACUGGGAGUACGACGCGAUGCGGAAGCCCGAGUUCGACCCUUUGGAGCUUCUGCUGGAGGAGGUGCAAUCCUGCAGCAGCGGCUCCGCCUCCCGAUGGCCCGAGGAGCCAAAGCCGGCAGCGGGGCUCACCCAGGCGAAAGUCGCUGGUGUUCCUGGGCACGAGGCUGGGCCUCUAUUUCGGCCGCCUCAGACCGGGUCUGAGAAGGAGGAGGUGGAUGAUGCCCUUCAGGACACGAUGUCGCAGAAUGGGCUGGACGAGCUCCUGCCGGACGUCGACAACACAAUCAGCUUCGCAGACAAGAAGGUCAUGUUUGGCUCAAAAGCUGCUGAAGCUUGUGAGAACAAGGAGGCCAUACUUGCAAAGCCAAAGACCGCCGAGAAAGCUGAAGAUGGCAAGGAGCUGCCGCCGGCCAUCAUGAUGUCCCUGGCUCCCAUGCCGAGCAUCAGACCUGCGGAUGCGAAGCUGAAGGAGCCCGACCUCUUGGCUGAGCAGAAGCCGGCAGAGGUCAGCAGCCUCGCUCGGGGAGAGCUCCCGGGCGCAGAAGACAUCCGGGCGAUCGUGAAAGCAGAAGUGACAUCUCAGCUGGCAUCCGUUUUCGAUAGGAUUGACAGCUUGAAGAAGUCCUGCGACGAGCUGUCCGAGGAGAUCGACAAAUUGAAGGGGCGGCCAUCUGAAGCACAAGUGGAAGGUGCGAAGCCCUCUUCCGAGGACGUGGAGGAGCUCCAUCGAUCCGUCAAGAAAGAGCUCUUCGAUGUUCAGCAGGUGUUGAACAGCGAGCUCAAGGACUUGAGCACGCUCCUGGAGGACAGAGAUAAGUCUGCGGAUGAGAAAUUUGAAGCCUUGGAAACGGCCGACGCGCAAAUCCAGCUUGACCUACAAGCUCUGAGGCUGGACCACGCCACCAUGCGGUCGGCUCUGGAGGACGAGUUCAACCCCACCAUGGUGAAUCUCACAGCCGUACAGCGGGCCUUGGGCACCGCGCACAAAGAGGUAGAGGCGCGGUUGAACGACUGCCUCGCCCGGCAAAAAAGCGACGCGCUGUUCUUGAACGGGCGACUAAAGGACAUGGAGACGGGUUGGACCGGCUUGCUGGGAUGCUUCUGCAAACGGCGGAGGCCGAAAGAAGUUGCUUUCCGUCCCAGCGAGUUCUCGUCGAAGGGGGGCCAGCCCCAGCCGCAGUCGAUCCCUGCCGACCCAGAGCGUUCGGUGAGUCUGGAUGCUGACUGA